AUGGUCAUCUUCCUUGUUUGCGACGACGAAGAUGACCCACCUCCCAAAGAUUUUGGAGAUGCUUACAACCACGAUUCAAAACUUAGAAUUACGGAUUCAAUUUUAGAGCAGGUUUUGCAGCGCUGGGGCAGUAGUUUUACCAAAGAUCCCUUCGAGCAUGGCACACUUCUGUUGGAGGGCAAGGAUUCAGGAUUAUCGAAGGCCGAAAAACGAAUGGCACAGCACCUCUACGAGAAAGCCAAACUGGACGGCAGUAUGCAAUACAGACGUCAGAACUACUCGUCAUACUAUCCCAAAAUGCCAGUUCCCAUUCCAUCGAUGGACAAUAGUAACGGUGCUUACGGUCGCCCAAAUCCGAUGUACUUGUCUGGCCGCACAUCUAAUAUUCCGAUCAAGCACACCACCAGCUCGCCUCUCCAAGGGAUGGGUAUGGAUUUAUUGGCUGAAGCGCUGGCUCAAGGCAAAUUAAUCUGCAAAGAAAUGGUACUCACAAAAGACGUGACGAUCGCUAGAAAUCAGAUAUCUGGAGGAACAGGCGAAACGUCGCCAAUAGUUUUAUCUUCCGGAACCAGGGUGAAAUUGAUAAAAACGCCGAAAGGUAUCUACAUGCAAACGCCGGAAGGAAAAAUUUUUCGUAUUCAUUCAGCCGCACCUGCUACGCCAGCAUCUCCUUCAGCAAUUGCUGCAGCCCUCGGCUUGAAUCUUAAAACUCCCUACUCUUCUAUCGGUGUUCAGGAUACACCAGCAGUAUUGCCCUCAUACCGUGGAGGGUCCAAAUCUUCUCUGAUGGAACAGUCGAUGUUGAAACGGAUACGGGAAAUGCAGCAAAAAUCUUCAAUUGCCGAAAGCGCUAAGCAAGUGAUAUCGUUUAACGAUAAAAGCGCACUCUUGGCUCAGAUCCGGCAGAAUCUAGCUGGAAAUAAGGGGCUCGGAAAUACCCUGGGCAACAUAACUACGAAAAUGAGUAGAAGUUCAUCUACCACCUCAAAAGAUCUUCCUUCGGUUGCCAAUAAUUCGAGUCUCACUCACUUCGCUAAACAGCUAGCCAGUUUGGCUCAAAAAUCAGCCGCGGACUUGUUGACUGAUGUAGGAGUCGGUUGUAGUCAGUCAGACUUUGAUAGCACUAGCAAUAGUGGCAUGUCUCCGAAAAGAACUUCGAGUCUGUUAGAUCCCAAAGCAAGGGCACUGCCAAGUGCUUCACUGCCCAAGAAGGUGGCUACAGUUACCCCCAACGUGUCGAAAGCUCGAAUUUUUACACCACGCCGUCCUACGGCCACGGUGGAACCUCUUUCAAAAAUACCUCCUAUCGUAGAACAUUCGUCACCGAUGGAUUCAUCCCUGGUUUCCAGGACUAUUUCUUCUACCCCGAUGGCUCUCUCGGCCCUGUCUACUUUAUCUGCAUCUCCUUUAUCUGCAGUGAAGUCUCCAAACUUUAAUCGACCUUCUGAAUUUUCAUCUGAUCUCGUUGAUUUUGCCACGAAAAACGCAGAGGAGCGUCAGCCUGCUCUGGACAGCAGUGCAAGUACUCGGAAUGGAAGUGGUAUUUUUGAUAAUCUCUCUUUGGCUUCCCAGUUGGAGGGUUUUGCUUCAUGCACAUCUGCUGCAGCGAGACCAACUGCCGAAAGUCUGAAGGACUUGCUGAAACCUGUAAGCAAUGCAGCUGGCGAAACCAUUGUGACUGGUUUACAGUGGAGUGGUGACCAAACAACAGUUGGUGGAAUACCUUCGUGGUCAGAUUCUCAACAAUUUUCUGCCAGCCAACAGCAAUGGAACAAUACGGGGCAGUGGAACGAUGCUGCAUCAACCAGCAGUCAAGUAAACUGGCCCUGGUCAUCGCAACAGCUACAGCCUCAACAAUGCCAAGCAAAUUUCGCCAGCGCAAGUCGUAUUGGGAUUUCUUCAUCAUCUGGUCCUUCAACCCCAUCAACAGAUUCAUACAAUCAGUAUUCCAACAACUUCGACACAGAUAACCAGUGGGUGAGCUACAAUAAUAUGACUACUGCAGCUAACGCUACCUAUCCCUCACAUUCCCUACCACCACCCAAUGGACAUUAUUCUACACCUCCUUACUUCCCUACUUCGUACUUCGGCUCAAAUGCGCCCGUAACUCCGGCUUAUGCGCCCUAUCCACAAAAUUCACAACCAGGAUAUAAUACAUUGGACGGUAGCAAUUUCAACAACCAGUAUAAUAAUCACGGGGGUAACGAUUUCACAACAAACUACUCUCAACCCUACCCCGGUAGCUAUUCGCAGUGAAGGCGCUGUGCAUCACAUAAGAAGUCACACUGAAAUUUUGCUUAGGCAUUCAAUUUUUGGUUUAUUUGCCGUUAUUUAAUUGGUCAAGGGAAAACUUGUUGGCUGAUGUUAUGACUUAAGAUUUAGCUAUGCUUUCGCUUGCCGCGCAGUAAGUGGCAAACAUCAGCUAUAGUAAAGAUGAUCAAAUUGCAUUAUAACUGCUGUCUAUAUUCGUACGGUUUUCUCUGUAUAAAAGGUGAAUGUGUGGCGAACAUUUGAGAUUCUUCUAUUGAAAGCUGCCGUAUUUGUACGAUGUUUCCCAUUUGGCCUCGGUGUCGCCUGUCCUUCAUACCUCCUCUUUCUGAACCUUUAAUUGUUUGUUAUUUUGCCGUGAACGAGGGAAGUGGAGCAAA